AUGCCAAGCCGCUCCCCGGACAGGGCGGUAUCGCCGGAGGAAAAAGACGGCGUGGCAAAUUCACCGCGCGAUGUCGAGGCGGUGGGGGGUCCACCGAACGACGACGCGCAAAGUGGCGGUCGGGUGAGCCGCCCCCCACAGCAAAUCGCGGCCGAGACGGUACCGCUUGGCGUGGAUAAAGGCGGAGCCACCUCGGGGGUUGAGGUGGAAAGGAAAAAAGACAACGGUGUGCGGAGCCCUGCGGUUAUGGACCGACAUACCGUGCGGCCGGUAAGUCGUUACGAAAGUCCCAUGGAAGAGGAUGACGAAAUACCUGAUAUCGAUUUGGAGGAUUGA